AUGUCUCAAGAUCAGUUUUCAGAAAACUUAAAAGUUAUUGUUGCUGAAAAGUUAAAUGGCUUACCAAAUUUCAACGAAGAUGUUAAAUAUGUAGCUGAAUAUAUUGUUUUAUUAAUCGUCAAUGGUGGUACUUUGGAAUCUAUUGUUACUGAGUUGCGCUCUUUGUUCGAUACUAUUCCAGUCGAAGCAUUAUCUGACGUUAUUCAAACUGCAUUUUUCGCUCUCGAAGCUUUACAACAAGGUGAAUCUGCAGAAAAUAUUGUUUCUAAGAUUAGAGAAAUGAAUGCUGCGGAACAACAACAGCAACAGCCUCAACAGCAACAGCAACAACAACAGCAACAGCCUCAACAACAACAACAGUCGUUACCGGGCAUUGCCGCUCCAAACGCUCAACCUGAGCAACCACAACAACAGCCUACUGUACCACAACCUAAUCAACCUGCUCCAUUAGUUUCUGCCUUCUCUGGCGUUGUUGCUACACCAGAUACUACAAAUGACACCAUCAUUCCAGUACAACCUCGUUUUUCUCAACGUGGAGGUGCUGUUGGUAAGAGCCGUAGAGGUCGUGGUGGUGCUCGUGGUGGCGCUCGUACUACAGGUAGGGGUGGUUAUAGCAACAACACUGGUACUAACGACCGUUUUAACCCACUAGCUAAGGCUCUUGGCAUGGGCGGUAAUAGUAAUGUUAACUACGUAUCUAAGAAGAGAGAAGGUCGUUGUAAAUUAUUCCCUCAUUGUCCUCUAGGUAGAUCGUGUCCACAUGCUCAUCCAACCAAAGUUUGUAAUGAGUAUCCAAAUUGUCCAAAACCAAGAGGUACUUGUGAAUACUUACAUCCCGAUGAAGAUCAAGAAUUAAUGAAGGAAUUAGAAAAAACCCGUGAAGAAUUCCAAAAGAGAAAAGAUGCGUUAUUGGCUGCUAGAAGUAAACCUGUUCAAACUGGUAUUGUCAUCUGUAAAUUUGGUGCUGUUUGUUCUAAUCCUGCUUGUCCAUUCGGUCAUCCAACUCCAGCUAACGAAGAUGCUAAAGUUAUCGAUUUAAUGUGGUGUGAAAACAACUUACAAUGUCAAGAUUCUAAUUGUAAGAAAGCCCAUUCUUCUGUCUCAAAAUUAAGACCUGUAGCGGCUUUAGGUCAUCCAGGUAAGAACAAUGCAGCCAUUCCCUCUCGUCCUCCAGUUGAGAAAUCACUAGAACAAUGUAAAUACGGUACCCAUUGUACUAACAAACGUUGUAAAUAUAGACAUGCUCGUUCUCCAAUUAUGUGUCGUGAUGGUGCAAACUGUACCAGAAUCGACUGUAUAUUUGGUCACCCAAUCAAUGAAGACUGUAGAUUUGGUGUCAACUGUACUAACGCAACUUGUUUAUUCAGACACCCAGAAGGUAGAGUACUUCCUCAAAAGAAGAGCGCUCAACCACAACUAGAACAAGUCCCACAACCACAACUUGGUGAGGGUCAAGGUCUACAAAGUUCAUGGGGUGGUCAACAAAAUGUACCAACAAAUCAAAGAAUAUUUGCUUUACCUGAAGGUUCACAAAUUGAGAAUGCUCCACAACAAGAGAAUUUUGCAAACUCUGCUAAUACUGUUCAAAAUUCGUCUGCAUUUGCUCCACAGGAUAAUGAUGCUCAAAUGGAUUGA